AUGUUUUUUGCAAAAAAUAGAGGAAGAGGAAUAACAGUUGGGAUACAUAAGCGAUUCUUUUCAAAGAAUAUCUCAAAUUUACUUCCUAAGGUUCAUGAGUUAUUAGAAUGCUCACUAAUCAAAGUAACAGGUGAAUUACUAGAGAAUAGUAUUUUAAUAAUCAAAAAAUGCACUUUAAAAAUUAAUAAUAUAACUGAUGUCAGCAAAAACAAAAGCAAUACUUAUCAUAUUUGGAGAUAUAAAUCAUCCAAUAAAUUAAAUGUCUUUCAUGAAAGAUGUUAUUCCAAUAUAAUAAUACUCCAUCAAAAGGAUUAUUGUCCUAAUUUUGCACCUGUAUAAAAAAAUAUAAACAUAUUCUCUGCUAAAACUACCUUAAUUAAAAUCAAUAUCAAUUAUAGAAUUUCAAUUUCACGAAAUAAAGAAUGUCAUAAAAUAACUUAUUAACAUUUGAUCUAAUAUCUGAUAAAUGGAUUAAAAAAACAAGGAACAUAUGAAGUGCUCUCUGAUCUGUGGUCUAAGGAAACUGCUGAUUUAAUAUUGAAUUUUGGAGCAAAUCGUUUGGUUCCCUUGAAGAAAAGCAUAUCCAAGCAAUAGUGUAAAGUCCAAUUAUAAAAUGGCUAGAAAUUAGAUUCCUACGUAAAAUUCAGGCAUUCUAUUAAUUUAGAAAGUUAAAAUGAUUCAUAAUUUAAUUAAACAAAAAUUAUAACAUUAUUAUUCGAUAUUUUUAAAAGUUGA